UUAAUUAUCGCAGAGAAUAAUGUCUAUGGAAAGUAAAAUUUUAUGGUGCAAUUGAUGAUUUUGAUUGGUAAUACCCCAAAAUAAUACAGAGAAACCUCAGAUAUUCAGAAGACACCCUAUGAGCAAGCACCUGGCGACAUCUAUGCAACACACUUUCAACUGAAAUCAAAUGAAAUACACAUAUUAAAUAUUUCACAGUAAAGGUCAAGGAUUGGUUAAAGGUAAAUCAGAAGUGUAGUCAUUUCUAUUAACUAUAUUAUAAUUUUUACAAGUACCCUUUUUUAAUUUCAUUUUUUUGUAGUUUUAUAAUCAUACAUACAAUCAUAGUGUACGCUAUAAUCAGAUAAAUGAACUGAAAAAAAAUAUUUAAAUUAAACUGCUAUUUUUGUUUUUGUACAGUAAUGAAUACAGACUCAAUCACCACCUCCAUUCACUUCCGAAUUAAGUUUAAUCUGUGAGCCAGAAAAGCACCCAUAUCACUGAAUCGGUGAAGGAUGUAGACGUUUCCAUUUUAUUUUGAAAGUCUCCUUUACCCGGAUAUAAGGAUUUAAUUUCCGGAUCACCCACCACAUGUAACAGAUACGUUGCUAACGCUGAAAUAUGUGUCUCUUAUGAGAUGUGAAGUGUGAGCAGCGGCUAAUUGGACAUUAGAUGUGUGACAGCAGGGAAAUCGUCCGACUCUUAAAUGCACCGACAGCCGUCUGUAUUUGUAGACGCUGCUUUUAGCAAGGUUCGCUAAAGUUAGCUUUCAUUGGGAAUUUAACACAGUGAGCCCAGUUCACAUGUACUAUUCAAACCACCGUAUGCACUCAUCUUUUCACUGCGGUAUGCGGCCACUUAGGACCGUACACUUAGCGAAUAUUUUAAAUCUACAGGGUUUAAAGCUUGUUGUUUGCUAAUGAAACUUUCUCUGAAGCGGGUUCUUCAUCAUGUUUACUCGGUGUGUAAGAAACAUCCUGUCUAGAAGUGCAUUCACUGUGACGCUGAAGCAGCACAGCUGGAGACGCUGCAGCACAUCCCAGACUGAGACUGUGGACCAGGUCACUACGUUAUUGCAGCUCUGCGUGGACAGGUUCUUCGUUUCUCCUGGUCACGCUAACGUGGAGCUGUUUCAGCGCGGGCUGUGCUGCAGCUAUGGACCUCUGGGCAUGGAGCUCAGGAGAAACCUGCUGGACCAGUGGUGGCAUUCAGUGACUAGGUCCGGAGCUCAGGUUUUUGGGAUUAACACCCUGAGCAGCAGUAGCAGCAGCAGCAGGGAAGCACCUACAGGUGGACAGGGCCAGCUGAGGAUUGUUGAAUGUGAACAGCUGAAACAGAGACUUGGGCAGAAGCAGCUAAGCAAGGGGCGGCUCGCUGAGGAGGUGCACAUGCUCCUGCAGAGGUCCCCAAGUAUGAGAACAAACUUACUUACAGGUGCCUUGGAGCAGUUUGUCCCCUCGUUAGAGCUGGUGAACAGGAAGCUGCCGUUUGGUCUGGCUGAGACGGGUCUGUGCUUCCAGCCUGCAGAAGGCUCUGGUUGCUCAGCUGAGGUCACACAAACAUCUCUAGUGUGGUUUUGCUCUCCUCGCACAUCGUCCCAGUGGCUGGACCACUGGACACGACAGAGGCUGAAGUGGUGGAGAAAAUUUGCCCUCUCCCCGUCCGACUUCAGCAGCAAUGAAGUCCAGCAGGAGGAGCUCGAACAGGCGGCAUCUCGCGGUGUGAGGAUCAUCUACAACUUCCCGUGGGGUCAGGAGGUCCUGGAGACACUGUGGAGUCGAGGAGAUGCCGAGCUGCUGCACAUACACAAAGGAGACCGGUCCAAACUGCAGCAUCAAGAUGGACGAAGGUCUAUUCCUCAUGUCGUCUCCGUUACCGCAAACAUGGACCGUGGUGCGAUGGCGUUUCUGUCCAACUCACUCCAGCAGCUGAAGAGAGAAGAGAGCAAGAAAAAGCUGCACCAGAGAAAGGUGCUGAAGCUGCAUCCAGUGUUGGUUCCCAUUAAAGUGGCUUUAAAUAUUGGUAGAGGAGCCACUGUGGAGCUGAGACAGAUUUGUGAAGGCCUUCUGCAGGAGUUCCUGGAAGCAAAGAUCUCUGUGUGGCCUGGAUAUCUUGAAACUCUGCCAACAUCAAUGGAGCAGCUGAAUGCCAAAUACGAUGAGAUGGGCGUUCUUUUCACCAUCAUCAUCGGUGAGAACACGUUGGAAAGUGGCCUUCUUCAGGUCCGCAGCAGAGACACAACCAUCAAAGAGACCAUGCACAUCUCGGAGAUCAAAAACUUUCUAUUCAGAUACAUUUCUGCAGCUGACAACAUCUGAAUGCCUCUGCUGUUUUUUAGAACACCUGCCUGAGUUUGCAUUCCUUUUAAAGACAAAAUUAUGGUCAGGGAUAUGCUUGUGAAACAUAUUUCCUCAGAGCGGUCCAAAAAUAAGAGACUUUUUGGGAUAGAGGUGCACAUGAACCCACUGUGUGUAUACAUGUACCCCAAGAGUUUGUAUUCUUAACUUUGCUAACUCAGCUCUUACUGAUCCUACAGUCUCUUCGCAGUACAUUCAAGGCACUGACAUGGUUAUAUCAGGUUUAUUUAUCUGUGCGUAAUUGGUGGCUACAUAGUGGUCAUGGAGGAGGAAGCUUUUGGAUUUGUCUCUACAUUUCUAUUAAAAGAUAUGGAAUCCCUCUUUAAUAUUUAUAUUGUAUUGUUUUUUUCUGGUUGUUGAUGGCAAUUUUGAUUCUUGUUUCCUGAAGGUUCAAAGACUGUUCACAAUAAUGGAACAAGCAGUUAAGAAAAUAGUCUUACCGUAUUAGUAAACUGUAGUUUAGUUCAAAUAUAAAGUUAAAAUACAGCAUGAUACCACACAGGUACAGAGGACUGAAACUGCUAUAAUAAAACACAAAUAAAUUGGUCAUUACAUUGGUGACUAUCCCUUUAUAACCUCUGAAUAUUAUUAAUGUUACUUGCUCUGUGGGAGGAAGCUAAAGGCAAAGAGGGGUGGUUUAAUUUUAUGAUGAUAUAAUUUAUUCUAAUUAUAAUUAAUAGCAGUAGCUGUAUUGAUAAUGAUAAUAAGAAGAUUAA